AUGUUCUCUUUUUCUUUUCUAGCUCUCCUUACUACCCUCUCCUCUUCCAACUCACCUUGGCCACCCUCACAAACAUCGCCACCGCUGGCGGCAACACCCGUUAUAUUACCCUUAACUCAGCAGCCCCUCUCUCGCCAUCACGACGGCCUGGUACCAUUUACCAUUAACCAGAAGUCGCAAUAUUUAUCGUCCUUCCUCCUCCGCAGCGUCUGUCGCAGUAGGAAGAUCAGUAGAUACGAUGGCGGUGGACGUAAUGGCAGUAUGAGUAAAAUGGCGAGCAACCAUUCCUUUUGUUUCCUUCAUCCGGGUUUUUUAUUGUCACCCUUUUUUUUCGUUUCUUUUCAUCCACGUCACUUUUCAUUUUAUUUCAAGUUUUUGUUUCUUUUUCGUUUUUCAUUUCAUUCAUUCCUAUGUAAUUUUUUAUUUACCCUUAAAUAUUUUCGGUUAUUUCUCCCUUUCACACAUUUCUUUCUUUCUUUCUUUCUUUCUUUUUGCAAUUUUUUUCUUUACCCAAUUUUUUUUAUUAUUUUCGAUUAUUUCUCCAUUCCACUCUUUCUUUCUUUCUUUCUUUCUUUAUUUAUUUAUUUAUUUAUUUCUCUCUUUCUUUAUUUCUAUCAUUUUCUUUCUUUCUUUCUUUCUUUCUUUCUUUCUUUCUUUCUUUCUUUCUCCUGUAAGUUUCUUCUUCUCUUGGGUGAUUUUUUUUGUUUGCACCAUUUUAUUAUUUCCCCCUUUUUUUCUGCUUUUUGCUUUUGCUAUGAAGUGUAA